AUGGGCUCAACGGGCUUCUUUAUUGCUGAUAUUUUGAAAGAUAUUGAACGAUACGAGGAUGAGGAGUCAAACAGUUCUACCUCAACUAAAGACACAUUUUCGUGGUCAGAAAAAAAUAAACCGCUCAAUCUUCCACUUCCCGCCUGGAUAUUCUGCACCCGAUACUCCGAUCGACCCUCAUCGGAGUUGAAACUCUCUAGAAUCCCUGGAAUGUAA